AUGAAUGAGGGACAAGUUACUAAACUUUUCGUGGCCAUUGCCAUGUGCCUGCUUUUCAUCUGCAUCAACAGCAUCAUGUUUCACACUCUCUUGAGUAAGCCUGUGUUUAGAGAACUGCCUCGCUAUAUCCUCUUUGCCCACAUGCUCUGUAGCGACACAGUUCAGCUGAUGCUAUCCUCAUUGCUCUAUAUUUUGGCUUUAAGUUUGCAGAAGAUUCCUACGGCUGUUUGUUCACUGAUUGUUCUCAUGUCUGCAGCCACAGCUCGUAUUUCUGCUCUGAACCUGGGUGUGAUGUCUCUCGAGCGUUAUGCGGCUAUUUGUUUCCCUUUACGCUACAGUGAGUUGGCCACACAGAAAAUGACAACUAUAUCAAUUGCCAUAAUCUGGUCCUUAGCUUGCAUAAGUCCUGCAAUAGAUAUCUUAUAUACACUGAUAGUGAGUCCUAUUUCCUUUAGAGAUCUCAUGUUCUGUACUCGAGAGAGAUUUAUUUUGGCACCAUGGCAGAGAGAUGUGUUUCAAGGGCUUAAUGGUUUUUUCUUUGUGGCUGUAACAGCCAUUAUUGUCUUCACGUAUAUCAGUGUUAUACUCGCGGCACGAUCUGCUUCAGCGGAUAAAGACUCUGCUAAGAAAGCUUUGAGAACAGUCCUACUGCACCUUGGUCAGUUAGUACUUUGUCUAAACAGCCUGUUGUAUGGAACCAUUGAGAGGCUACUGGCUAUGGCCAGCAGUAGCCGCCUGUUUCGGGACCUACGCUACGCAAAUUUUAUCAUUGUUUUCAUUCUGCCUCGGUGCCUGAGCCCCCUGAUCUACGGCCUGAGAGACGAUGCUGUUCGGCCCUUAUUCCUCUACUAUGUCAGGUGUCAAUCCCAAAAGGUCGAGCCCUCUGUAACUGCACACUGA